CUGUUUCUCUGCUGCUGCUGGCGACAACACACACACACACGCACACACACACAGCGGUUUUCCCUGCAUUUUAUUUUUAAAACAAAGGAUUUACUCGUGUUUCUUCGCCUUUCUUCGUUUAUUGUCGUCGAAGCGACACGAUGAGAGAUGUUCACGUGGACAACGAGACGCUGUGCAGCGCAGGUUCACUGUUGACUCUGUGGUGUGGCUCCCACUCUGCUGUGUGUGUGAUCACUGGAGACAAAACACACCUGAACGAUAGCAGCAACACAACAGUGUGUGUGUCUCCAGGCUCGUCUUAUAACCACUGGCUGGGUUUGACUCUGGCUCUGCUCUCAGCCGUCCUCAUUGGUUCCAGCGUCAUUCUGAAGAAGAAAGCUCUGCUACGAUUGGCCGACGCCGGUCACACCAGAGCAGGUCAUGGAGGUCAUGGUUACCUGAAGGACUGGUUGUGGUGGGGAGGCCUGUUAACCAUGGGAGCAGGUGAAGUGUGUAACUUUGUCGCGUACAUGUUUGCUCCGGCGACGCUGGUCACGCCUCUGGGCGCUCUGAGCGUGCUCAUCAGUGCAGUUCUCUCCUCCUACCUGUUGGGGGAGGUGUUGAACGUGAUUGGGAAGUUCGGCUGUCUGCUGUGCGUGCUGGGAAGCGUCCUGCUGGUCCUCCACGCUCCGGAGGAACAGGAAGUGACAUCGCUACAGGAUAUGACCAGCAAGCUGCUCAAGCCUGGGUUCCUGGUGUACGUCUCUGCAGUGUUGCUGCUCUGUCUCGUGCUCGUCUUGUAUUUCUCUCCACGUUACGGUCAGUCAAACAUCCUGGUCUACAUCGGCGUGUGCUCGCUGCUCGGCGCCUUCACCGUGUCCUCGGUGAAAGGCCUCGCCAUCGUCAUCAACACAGUGGUUUAUGACAUUUCAGUGCUCGCUCAGCCUCUCUCGUGGAUCCUGCUCGUGAGUCUCGUCGUCUCCAUAGUAACCCAGGUGAACUACCUGAACAAGUCUCUGGACUCCUUCAACACUCUGCUGGUUUACCCGAUCUACUACGUCCUUUUCACGUCCGUCGUCCUCUCCACCUCCAUCAUCCUCUUCCAGGAGUGGAGGAGCAUGGCGGCCGUGGAUGUGGUCACCACGCUCGGAGCCUUCGUGGUCAUCGUGGUGGGCGUGGCCAUGCUCCACCUCUUCAGGGAGCUACAGAUGACGAUGAAGCAGCUGACCAAUCAGCUGUCUCAGCCAGUGGACAGGGAGGGGCUUGCAGAGGAGGCGUUGCCCCAUGAAGGAGAAGGGGGAAGAAGAAGAGAAGGAGGGAGGAGCAAAAAAGAGGACAAAUACGGACUGAUGGACAACAUGGUGAUCGAGAGUCUUCCUCCGAUGAGAGAGGACGGACCGAGGGUCUUCAUCAUCAGCUGAGACGGACGGACGGAGACGCAGGUUUGAGGUCGACCACAUUUCAAAUUUGUCUGAAAAUCUGAAGCGAAACAAUUGACACAAAUUAUUACCGACACGUACGCAAAUUUCACAACGACAAAACGACAGAGAGACACAAGGACUCGUCUUUUGUCUCUUUGACUGAGGUGUUACAGGGACAAAAAACUUAUUCUCUGAAACUUGAUCAAAUAUUUUGGGGUUUUUUGUUCAAAGGAAAAUAAGGAGAAGUGAGUGUUUCAAACAAACAGUUUUAUUUCAAUAAACAACUCAAUAUGUAUUUCCUCUGCUUUAAAUAUAAAUCUGUAUACAUGUUUUUUUUAUCAUGAUUCUAUCACAUUAUAUAUUGUGCAUUUACUGAUAUUUACAUGAACAUUAAACUUAUUCAGAAAUAA